UUCCUUCACCGCCAGUAACCUGCAUCUUUCUUGCUGGCACUCUGCCCUGGGAGGACCUGGGUGUUCUUGCCCGCGCCCCCCUGCCGGGCCCUCGCUCCUUUCCCUUGGGGAGCAACUCGAGCCGUAGAAAAGAGAAAGAGGGGAGGAAAAUGGCGGCAGGCAUCCGCCUAUCUGGUGUUCCUAAAUGCCUAAAUCAAAGGAACUUGUGUCUUCAAGCUCAUCUGCCAGUGAUACAGAUAGUGAAGUUGACAAAAAGGCGAAGCGGAAAAAGCAAGUAGCUCCAGAAAAGCCUGUUAAGAAACAAAAGACUGGUGAAAGUUCAAAAGGUGCAGCUUCUUCUAAGCAAAGCAGUAACAGAGAUGAGAAUAUGUUUCAGAUUGGCAAAAUGAGGUAUGUUAGUGUUCGUGACUUUAAAGGAAAAGUCUUAAUUGAUAUUAGAGAAUAUUGGAUGGAUCAAGAAGGUGAAAUGAAGCCUGGCAGAAAAGGUAUUUCUUUAAAUCCAGAACAGUGGAACCAGCUGAAGGAACAGAUUUCUGAUAUUGAUGAUGCAGUAAGAAAACUGUAAAUACAGAGCUAUACAGGAACCUUUUAUCAUUUCAGUUAAGUGGUCUUUUUACAUUGGCAUUUAUUUUCUAAAAUAUUGUUUUCCGAGCUAUUGUAUAUUUAUUUGGAUUGCAAAAUGAUUUGUAAAAUGAAUACUUUAUGUGCAUUAAAAGUGUAUUCCGA